CCGGAAUCAAUCAAAGCAAAGGGACUCAGAAAAGGAAAACGAAAGGAAGAGAAAAGAAAAGAAAACAGCACACGUUAAGGAAACAAACCCGGAGAAGAAAAAAAUUAAAAAAAAAAAAAAAAAACUCAACUAAUGGUUUGAUUCUUCACAACAGAACAGAGGGAAAGAAGUAAGAGGAGUAGACGGGAAGAGGCUUCAAUUCUCCGAUUCUCUCACUCUUUUCUUUUUUUCGCUGGGUUUUAGCUUCUCCCCCAUUUCGUGUUCGAUUUUUGUUUUUUUGUGUGCAUAUUUUGAAGUCCUUUUUCCUCCACCGGGGGUUGAUUGGUAGGAGGACCAAGAAAUUUCUGUCCUUCUCCCUCCCGCUUCCGUUUCAAAACUCUCACCCGUACCGCAAGCUUUCGUCUGUCUGUAAAUUUGCUCUAGCUCUUGAGAGGUUGUACAAGGACGGAGAGACGUGCAGACUGAAAGCUGAGCACUAGCUCAGCACUCUCGUGCUCGGCUGCUGGAUGGUUUGCAGCGGGAGGCCGCGGCAGUAGAUCGAGGAGCUGCUCAGAGUUUCUAGAUCUGAUUAGCUCCGCUUGGAAAUGGCUGCUAGUGUUAGUCUGGCUGUUGGGUCCCUUGUUUGGGUGGAGGAUCCUGACACAGCCUGGAUUGAUGGUGAAGUCGUGGAGAUCAAGGGUGAAGAUAUUAAGGUCCUCUGCACAUCAGGAAAAACAGUUGCUGUCAAGGCUUCCAAUGUGUAUCAUAUAGACACUGAAGCCCCACCAUGCGGUGUGGAUGAUAUGACAAGACUAUCUUACUUGCAUGAACCCGGAGUCUUGCAGAAUCUCAGAUCUAGAUAUGAUAUGAAUGAAAUUUAUACCUACACUGGGAGUAUAUUGAUAGCUGUGAAUCCAUUUAUGAGGCUACCGCAUCUCUAUGAUAUCCAUAUGAUGGCGCAAUAUAAAGGUGCUGCCUUUGGUGAGCUGAGUCCACAUCCUUUUGCUGUUGCAGAUGCCGCAUACAGACAGAUGAUACAUGAAGGGAUCAGUCAGUCAAUUUUAGUCAGUGGUGAGAGUGGUGCUGGUAAAACAGAAAGUACAAAAUUGCUCAUGCGGUAUCUUGCUUACAUGGGAGGAAGAGCUGCUACAGAGGGAAGGACUGUCGAACAACAAGUUCUUGAGUCAAAUCCUGUGUUGGAAGCAUUUGGUAAUGCCAAGACUGUUAGAAACAACAACUCAAGUCGUUUUGGUAAGUUCGUCGAGAUUCAGUUUGACCAGAAGGGAAGGAUUUCAGGAGCUGCAGUCAGAACUUAUUUGCUGGAAAGGUCACGUGUUUGUCAGGUUUCUGAUCCUGAGAGAAAUUAUCACUGUUUCUACAUGCUUUGUGCUGCACCGCCUGAGGAGGUUCAAAAGUACAAAUUGGGAAACCCAAGAACUUUCCACUAUCUGAAUCAAUCAAACUGCUAUGAACUGGACGGGGUUGAUGAUUCUAAGGAGUAUAUUGAUACUAGAAGGGCGAUGGAGAUUGUUGGCAUAAGUAACGACGAGCAGGAUGCUAUAUUUCGAGUUGUGGCUGCAAUUCUUCAUCUUGGGAACAUCGAAUUUGCAAAAGGGAAGGAGAUGGACUCGUCACUGCCCAAAGAUGAGAAAUCUCACUUCCACCUGACAACUGCAUCUGAGUUAUUGAUGUGUGAUGUGAAGGCUCUAGAAGACUCUCUUUGUAAGCGUGUGAUUGUGACUCGGGAUGAAACGAUCACAAAGUGGCUAGACCCAGAAUCUGCAGUUCUUAGCAGAGAUGCUCUGGCUAAAACUCUGUAUUCAAGGUUGUUUGAUUGGAUUGUGGACAAGAUUAAUAAUUCAAUCGGGCAGGACCCUAACUCAAAGGUCUUAAUUGGAGUGCUGGAUAUCUAUGGAUUUGAGAGUUUCAAGACAAACAGUUUUGAGCAAUUUUGCAUCAAUUUGACCAAUGAGAAGCUUCAGCAACAUUUCAAUCAGCAUGUUUUUAAAAUGGAGCAAGAAGAAUAUACCAAGGAAGAAAUUGAUUGGAGCUACAUUGAGUUUGUUGAUAAUCAAGAUAUUCUAGAUCUUAUUGAAAAGAAACCCGGCGGUAUAAUUGCUCUUCUGGAUGAAGCUUGUAUGUUUCCAAGAUCAACGAAUGAAACAUUUGCGCAGAAGUUGUAUCAGACAUUUAACAAUCAUAAGAGGUUCAGCAAGCCAAAACUAGCACGAAGUGACUUCACUAUUCACCACUAUGCUGGCGAUGUUACAUACCAAACAGAGUUGUUCCUGGAUAAGAAUAAGGAUUAUGUUGUUGCUGAACAUCAGGGGCUCUUGAAUGCUUCGACCUGUGCCUUUGUUGCCAGCUUGUUCCCGCCUUCACCUGAAGAAUCCUCCAAUAAAUCAAAGUUUUCUUCAAUAGGUUCCCGUUUUAAGCAACAAUUGGUAUCUUUGCUUGAAACCCUCAGCUCAACAGAGCCACAUUAUAUUCGUUGUGUGAAGCCCAAUAAUCUACUCAAACCAGCUAUCUUUGAGAGCAAGAAUGUUCUUCAGCAACUGCGUUGUGGGGGUGUUAUGGAAGCAAUUAGGAUUAGUUGUGCUGGGUAUCCCACUAGAAAGCCAUUUGAUGAAUUUGUUGAUCGGUUUGGUAUUCUAGCACCUGAAGUAUUAGAUGGAAGGUACCAAACUCUCUUGUCCCCUUUUGUUUUUCUAGUUAUUAUCCGUUAUUGCUGUCACCAAAUUGGUAAGACAAAGGUUUUUCUCCGGGCUGGUCAAAUGGCAGAACUAGAUGCUCGCAGGACUGAAGUAUUAGGAAGAUCAGCAAGUAUCAUUCAGAGGAAGGUCCGUGCAUAUCUGUCUCGAAGAACAUUUAUCCUCAUCCGCCGCUCUGCUGUACAAAUGCAAGCUGCAUGCAGAGGGCAGCUUGCUCGGGUGCUUUAUGAGAGCAUGCGAAGAAAGGCUGCUUGUCUCAGGAUCCAAACGGACUUGCGCAUGUAUGUUGCAAGAAAAGCUUACAGAGAAAUAUGUUUUUCUGCUAUUUCCAUUCAAGCUGGAAUUCGUGGGAUGGCUGCCCGUGAAGACUUAAGAUUCAGAAGGCAGACAAGAGCGGCAAUCAUAAUUCAGAGUCAUUGUCGCAGAUACUUGGCCUGGUUGCAGUACACUAGAUUGAAGAAAGCAGCAAUUACAACACAGUGCGCAUGGAGAGGAAGAAUUGCUCGUAAGGAACUGAGAACACUUAAGAUGGCUGCUAGAGAAACUGGAGCACUUCAGGCAGCCAAGAAUAAGUUGGAAAAGCAAGUUGAAGAGUUGACCUGGAGACUUCAGCUGGAGAAACGCAUGAGGGCUGAUCUGGAAGAAGCUAAAACACUUGAAAUACGAAGCUACAAUCUGCUUUGCAAGAAAUGCAACUAGAGUUCAAAGAAACCAAGAAAUGCUUGUGAAGGAGCGGGAGGCUGCUAAGAAGGUAGCAGAAAUUGUCCCCGUGAUACAAGAGGUCCCAGUAGUUUGACAAUGCAAUGAUGGAGAAGCUUACAGCUGAAAAUGAGAAACUGAAGGCUAUGGUCAAUUCAUUGGAACAGAAAAUUGAUGAAACUGAGAAGAAGUUUGAAGAGACAAGCAGAAUAAGUGAACAGAGGCUGAAGCAAGCUCUAGAGGCGGAGUCAAAAAUGGUUGAACUGAAGACUGCUAUGCAUAGUCUUGAAGAAAAAUUUUUGGACAUGGAAACUGAGUACCAUGUGCUUCGGCAGAAGGGCCUACCCCAGACUCCUGCUAAGAAGCCAUCUGAUAGACCGCCAGUUCCACCAUCUCACAGCUUGGAGAAUGGUAACGAGGAGAGUCGCGUCAAUGAACCACAGAGUGCAACACCUGUAAAAUCUUAUGGUACAGAGUCGGACAGCAAGUUCAGGAGGUCACAUAUUGAACGCCAACAUGAGAGCAUCGAUACUCUUAUCAACUGUGUUAUGGGCAACAUUGGGUUUAGUCAAGGAAAGCCAGUUGCGGCAUUUACCAUUUACAAGUGUCUCCUCCAUUGGAAGUCUUUUGAAGCAGAAAGGACUAGUGUAUUUGAUCGUCUCAUUCAAAUGAUUGGUUCUGCUAUUGAGAAUGAAGAUAACAAUGACCAUAUGGCAUACUGGUUAUCAAAUACUUCUGCUUUAUUGUUUUUACUGCAAAAAAGUCUGAAAGCAGCUGGUGCAAGUGGCACAACUCCAAAUCGUAAACCCUCUUCUGCUGCAUCCUUGUUUGGCAGAAUGGCAAUGGGUUUUCGAUCAUCCCCUUCUUCCAAUAGCCUUGCUAUUGCUUUAACAGUAGUACGCCAAGUGGAAGCAAAAUACCCAGCUUUGCUUUUCAAGCAACAACUUGCGGCAUAUGUGGAGAAAAUUUAUGGGAUUAUUCGAGACAACUUGAAGAAGGAAUUGACGUCUUUGCUUUCCUUGUGCAUCCAAGCACCUAGAACAUCGAAGGGGAGUGCACUAAGAUCUGGGAGGUCAUUUGGCAAGGAUUCCGCACCAAGUCAUUGGCAGGGCAUUAUUGAUAGUCUCAAUAAUCUUCUCAGCACAUUGAAACAAAAUUUUGUGCCCCCAGUCCUUACGCAGAAAAUCUUUACACAAACCUUCUCUUACAUCAAUGUACAACUGUUCAAUAGCCUCCUCCUGCGUCGUGAGUGUUGUACAUUUAGCAACGGUGAAUAUGUCAAAUCUGGAUUAGCUGAACUGGAGCAGUGGUGCUGUCAAGCUAAGGACGAGUAUGCAGGCUCAUCAUGGGAUGAACUUAAGCAUAUAAGGCAGGCUGUUGGAUUCUUGGUUAUACAUCAGAAGUAUAGGAUAUCUUAUGAUGAAAUAACCAACGAUUUAUGCCCUAUUCUGAGCGUCCAACAGCUGUACAGAAUAUGUACUCUGUAUUGGGAUGACAACUACAACACUAGAAGUGUGUCCCCUGAUGUCAUUUCCAGCAUGAGGGUACUUAUGACAGAGGACUCCAAUAGUGCAGUCAGCAGUUCAUUCUUGUUGGAUGACAAUUCUGGAAUCCCAUUCUCGGUGGAUGACCUGUCGAAUUCGAUGGAAGAAAAGGAUUUUGCGGACGUGGAGCCAGCAGAGGAACUGCUUGAGAACCCAGCCUUCGAAUUUUUACACGAGUAAGGCUUUUAAGUACUCAAGUUUGAAGCCUAUGCAGGCUGUCACGCAGUUUUGAAUUGUGUCGUUGUAAAGUUAUUUCAUGUCAUUCUACUUUUCUUUCUUUUGUGAUGCAAAUGUGUAAAAUCCUUCAUAUCGUUGAAAAGGGGGGCAGGACUAGGGUAUAUCCAAUUUGUGUAGUUUGAGAGUGCAUCAUUCAAUACUUCAACAUUUCUUUGAUUGGGUUCCAAUUUAUUUAUUUAUUUUUUCGUUUUCAUUUUGGCAUUUCUGCCGGGAAAGCAUGGGGUAGACAUUUGUGUAGAAAUUUCAGAUGAUGAUUCAUUCAUGUGUCCAAUUUUUAUUGUACAACGGAGCGCUGUUGUAUGAGCAGUUUGCAUGAAAUAUAUACAAAUGGGAUUGGUUUAGGGCUCUUUGUCCUGGAUUAUGUAUUGCA